CUUCAAUCAUAGUGACUCUGAGGACUGUCAACUUCUCCUAGGGCAGAUUACCCCCAGUGCGCCAAA